ACAAACUAGCUCCUUACCGUAAACCUCAUGCCUACAGGAUGCUUCUGGAGGACAGAUCAAUCAUUCUUUAGUUCCUUACCGGGGGAGAAAAAAUCCCCCACACAAUGCCUCUUGAGAUGAACUAGAGCAGCAUUGUUGUUUGGCUAGCUGGAAUUCACGUACUACAAUGAAGAUACUGUUUUUCACUGGAUUGAUCUCUCUUACCUUCAGUCUUUUCACAACAGCUUCAGAAUUUUCAUUGAAUGGCUCUGCAAUUAAAACCGUGUCUCUUAUCAAGACUUUCCGUGGAAUUUCAGCAAGAGACUACGAUUAUAUUCCCCCUUAUGCCAUAGAAGGGGAGACAACUACCAUCCAUAUCAGAGAACACAAAUGUUCUUCAAAAAAGUCCAAUGACUCCACUUUAACAGAAGUGAACAAUACCACAUUGAAGUACCUGACCAGUUCUCUGAGCACCAAGCUAAUACCCACUGUCUACCUCAGUGCUGUUUUGCUGGGUAUACCGUCUAAUGCUGUUAUUUUGUGGAUGCUGCUCUUCAGGAUCCGGUCUGUGUGCACUGCCAUUCUCUACACAAACUUGGCUGUUUCAGAUCUGCUCUUCUGUAUCAUGUUGCCCUUCAAAAUAGCGUACCACAUCAACGGGAACAACUGGGUAUUUGGGGAAAUGAUGUGUCGAACUACCACUGCGGUGUUUUAUGGCAACAUGUACUGCUCCAUUCUGCUGCUCACAUGCAUCAGCGUCAGCCGCUACGUGGCCAUAGUUCACCCCUUCACCUACAAGAGUCUACCGAAACGUGCCUAUGCCAUCGCAGUCUGUGCUACUGUGUGGACCAUCGUGUUCUUGUACAUGCUCCCACUCUGCAUAAUGCGGCAAAGCUAUUAUGUGAAACAACUGGACAUUUAUACCUGUCAUGAUGUGCACAAUGCCUGUGAAACAAUAUCUUCCUUCCAGUUCUACUACUAUGUUUCUUUAGCUAUCUUUGGGUUUUUAAUACCUCUUGCAACUAUUGUUUUCUGUUAUAUCUCAAUUAUACGAACACUCAAGACUCAUGAAUGGUUCUGGUACGUUAAAGUCAGUCUUUUGAUCCUUACCAUCUUUGCUAUUUGCUUUGUGCCAAGCAAUAUUAUCCUCAUUAUCCAUCACAUCAACUAUUACUAUUACAAUACAGAUGGGUUAUAUUCUUUUUAUCUCAUUGCUUUAUGCCUUAGCAGCUUAAACAGUUGUCUUGAUCCUUUCCUUUAUUUUCUGAUGUCGAAACUUAGAAGUCAAUCCAAUAUCUAUCUAACAAUGGUUAAAAUAUCCAGGGAAAAAUGAAUUUAGUUUUAUAUUUAUAUUAUUGGAACUAUGAUUUUGUAUAGUAUUAACCCAGGCAGUGACAAACCUCAGGUGCAAACAAACUUAAAUUAAAAAGUGAUAAAAACAAUCUCAGUAAAAUUUACUUCCUUCCAUACACCACAGAAGGAAUAUCUUCAGAAAUACACUUCCCCAGCUCUAAUUUUAUCACGUGCAUUGCAACCUCUGGUGUACCUAGAUUCAGGGAUGUGGCUCCUCACCUCCAUUUCCUUCUGAGAAGGUCACUUUUAUGGCCAUGGAGAAGAAACCAGAAUAUCAGUCACUACAGCCUCUGAACACCAGAAAAGUAAUCAAUAUCCAAACAGCACUUUUAUGCCCAUUCAUUAUUUCCAAAUGCUUCAAAUUAGCUCUCAGCUCACAAUCACUGCAGGAACAGUGAUGUGAAAACAAGUUUUUGGCCCAGUGGACAUAGGAUCAAGUAAAAGCACUUUCUACAUGCUCAGGAUCUGUUGAGCUUUGCAGAAGCUCCUUGUCACAUAGCCAAGAGCAAAUACUGCCAUGAAUGUUAGAAAUAAAGAGCCAGAGUCCCAGUAGGUUCAAGGAGCAGUAAAUCUACAGCAAUAGAUGCAGAGCCUGACACUUCCAGGGCAGCUUCUCCUGUGAGGCUGCUUAACCAGCUUUGCACUGAAGACUUGUUCUUCCACUUCGUCAGCACCUGAACUCCUCUAGCACAGGAGGAUUGCUGGAGGCUAACCCUUAUCAGUGUGAAUCCGGGCAUGUAUUAUUCUUGCUUGGUAAGCAAAACAGGGAAGCUGUUUUGUAGUAGUGUCUAUUUCCACAUCCUCACAGGAAAUACCUACAGUGUUACAAAUACUGAAGCUGGUUAUGAUUGAUUGUCCAUGUUAAUAAAACAAAGGGUCAGCUUUUACAUUUACAGAAACUCAAAAGCAACAUAUAUUCUGAGUAUAAAUUCCUACAAAAUGAGCUCAGUAGUUGGUGUUUGUAUUUGUAACUGCAGCACAUAAGACAGUGAUGAGAAAAAAAGUUUUACAUAAGUUUGAUAAUAGUAUUGUAAAAAACUUUGCU